ACUAUCCGUCUACGUCCAAUCCGCAUUGGCUGUGACUGAUGGAGGGCAAAGUUCACAUGACUGUCGAGUCAACUACAUCACUGGGUCCAUCGUAAAGAUUCACCUCCAGUCUCGGUGUGAACGCUUUACCCGGAACAUUCGCGAAAGUUGUUGUGCGUGCAAUUUUGUUUCUUCGAAACUCAUUCGUUCGUCUUAAAACAUUACGUCGAUAAAUAAAAGAAAAUCAUAAAAGUAAGGAAACAAAAGACAAACGAACGAAGCAAAAAAAAAAAAUUCAAAACGAAAAUUUUAUUUAAUUUAAAAAAAGAAAUUUAAUCCAACGAGUAUUCUCUCGAUUGAUAUCGUAAUACUUAUCAAAUCCAACGUCAAUAUCCGUUUAUAAUUCAUUUUCUACGAUCGCAGAACAUCGUUCUAAGAUCUUCUUAUAUGAAAGAAUAUAUAAAUUAAUUAUCGAUAUGUUCAAGUAAUUUAUUGAUUUAGAUCGAUGUAUAAUCGAGAUCAUAUCGAAAUCAAUAAAAGGUGUUUUUCGACGAUGCCAGGUCAUUAUCCUUCUUGAUCUUUGAAUUCAUGAAAAGAGAGAGAGAGAGAGAGAGAGAGAGAGAGAGAGAGAGAGAGAGAGAGAGGUGUGUGUGUGUAUGAUCAAAAUCAGUUGAUCCAACUGACGUUUAACCAUCCAGAAAAGAUAUAAUAGAAAGAGUGACAGACAGAGAGAAAAAGAGAGAAAGAAAUAGAGAUAGAGAAAGAGAUAUAAAGAGAAAAAGAAAGAUAGAAAGGAGAAAGAGAUAAUAGAAAGAAGAAAAACAAACAAAGGAAAAGAUGCAGUUGGUCAUUAUGUUUACACUUCCCAUUCUCAUUCUACUUUAUAUUCCUAAGUUCUCGGCCGAUACUACCUGGCCAAAGGUCACCGAUCGCUUAAUGACAGUACGAAGAUCUUAUCAUUCGCAAUUUCCAACAUCAACUACCAAUACGGUGGAUGAGAAGGAAUGUGUCAAAUGUAAUCAAAACAAGGUCGUUGUCAACGAUCAAAAUCCUAUACUAACUGAAUUGAGGGUUGAGUACGUUAAGCAACAGAUCCUAAAGAAAUUGAGGCUCUCAAAGCCUCCGAAUGUGUCGAUAUCGCUGUCGACCUUGCCGAAGCCUUUGAUAAACGGCAACGUGCUCGAACUUCGACCCGGCGCGCCACUUGAACCGGAAAAAUCGGCUGAGAGUUUCUAUGGUAAAACCGAUCAAAUCGUCGUUUUUCCGUACGAAGGGAUAGGAGAUUCGAAGAAAUGCCGACAAAGUUCGAAUCACUUGACGGGUUUCAAUCCAGCAGCUUGCUUUACGUUUUAUUUGCCAAACGAAAUGCAAUUCGUCGAUGUAACUUCGGCACAACUUUGGUUUUAUAAGGAAUAUGACGAGAACGACGAUCUCAAUCAAACUUUUGUAUUAUCGGAAUUGGAUCAUUGGGACAAAGGCGAAAGUUUCGAAAAGAACACAAUGAUGGCAAUUUUAAAUACCGAUAUAGGAGAGGGUUGGGUAAAGACGGACGUGGGUUUUACGGUGAGAAAGUGGGUGGAAAGGCAUCAGCUGAACCACGCGAUGCAAAUAGCCUGCAGCACCUGCUCGAUCGACCGUGACACAGCACCGGUCUCCAUCGAGCAAACACUGAAGCCCUUCCUGGUAAUACAUACGUCACCGUUGCCACAAAAAAAUCGGCCAAAAAGAAACUCCAAUUGCUCACCGGAAAUGAAGGAAUGUUGUAGAGACGAACUCUACAUUAACUUUGCAGACAUUGGCUGGAGCGAUUGGAUACUCCAUCCUAGAGGUUAUCAUGCAUACUUUUGCAGAGGAUCAUGUUCAAGCGCAGCAACCUUGACGAUCAGUGCAACAUCUCACACCAACGUUAUCAUGAAAUGGAAGACAAUACAUCAUGGAAACGAGAUCGUCCCGUGUUGUUCGCCAACUCAACUAUCAGCUAUACAACUUCUAUAUGUCCACACUAACAACACAAUACAGCAGAAAACCUUACCGAAUAUGGUGGUCGAGGCUUGUGGUUGUAUGUGACCAUCACUAUUUCAACAAAAUGAAAGCAAAGAAAUGUAAUAGAAGAAUAUGAAGAAAUAAAAGAAAAAUAGGAAGAAGAAGAAGAAGAAGAAGAAAAAUCGGAUGGCUGACACCAUUCAAUACUUAAACUUUUCUUCGUUGUCUUCGAACACAUACAUAUAUACAAACAUACAUACAUACAUACAUACAUACAUCGGCGAAUUUGGUACUCAGGCUUUCUCCAAUUUUCCUUCAGAUCCGUUCUGAAACGAAUGCUCUUCGAACAGAAAACAUAAAGACGAACGAUUGAGAGAUACAUAUAUACAUGAUGUGUCUCACAAUAAGUGUGAAAUAUUUUUAAAGGGUUUCGAUUAAAAGGACAAAAAAAAAGCAAAAAACAAAGAAAAAUGAUUUUAAAAAAAAGAAAAAGAACAAUUCGUGUAAACAUAUAUGUAUAUAUCCUAUUCCGUAAGGUGACAUUUAUGAGGUUAAGAAGAAAGAAAUUAUAGGUUACAAAAAAAAAAAAAAAAAAAAGAAAAGAAAAAAAAAAGAAAAAUAAAAAAGUAUAAACAAGAUAUUUCAUGAACCAUUAUAUUUUAUAUAAGAAUGUAAAAGUUAUGAGUCGUUAAAAAAAAAAAAAAAAAAAAAAAAAAACCCGUAAGGUAUCUAUAAUUGUAUAAACGCGAAAUGUAUUUUCAAAUUCGAUCUUCAUAAAAACUAAUCCUCAUACAUUAAAUAACAAUUUUAUUCUACAUUAUUUACUUAUCCUUUCAUGAGGAAUCAAUUCCUACACUGUUGUACAUAGUUUUCGAACUUAUAUAUAUAUAUAUAUAUAUAUAUAUAUAUAUAUAUAAGUACAAGAAAUUUAUAGUAAUUUGUAGGAACGAUUAAAAUUUAUCUUCGAAUGAGACAUCUAGCUGUUAGAUAAAAACGAGAAUGUUAGUAGCGGAGCCAUGGGAAAUUAGUAGAUAAAAUUAGUAUGGAUGAUAAGAGUGAGAGUGAGAGUGAGAGUGAGAGUGAGAGUGAGAGAGAGAGAAAGAUAUAUGAUAUGUACAUUAAACGAAGAAUUUCGUUACGCCAUAUUGUAGCAACCCAUCAUGUAAGAUGGGUUAGGAAAGUAAAUCCUUUGGGGGACUGAAAAGUUUUGGACGACUUUGGUGAGAAUAUUUUUUUGUUGUAUAUCCUCGUAAAACUUUUAUAUGUAUAUGUAUAUGUAUAUGUAUAUAUUUACAAUGUAUAUAUGUAUACUGUGCUUAUAUCCUUCUUGUAUAUCUAUGUUGAUGUGUGAUAUGUGUGUGUACUAUAUGUAUGUAAGUAGGUUUUAUGUACAAUGAAAAGCAAUGAUAAUGUUCGAUAACUUUAUUUUCAA